AUGGCUCCUUAUUUUGGUCUCAAAGGCUCCGCCUUGACUCAGGCUAUCUUAUGGCUUGUUGUCUGCCCGUCCUUUGUCAUAUACGGUUACAAUUUGACUGUUGCUGGCGGCCUCUUGACGCUGCUCUCCUUUGUUGAUGUGUUCCCGCAAAUGAAUACUCUUACAACUACUGGUGAGACGCAACGAUAUAACUCGACUAUCCAAGGUACUGUUCUCGCUCUGUACAAUGUGGGUGGUAUUUUUGGAGCGCUGUCCUGCAUCUAUCUCGGUGAUCUUCUUGGCCGCAAGAAAGUCAUCUUCCUCACAUCCAUCAUCAGCAUUGUUGGCGCUGCGCUGAUGGCUUCGUCGUUUGGCUUACCCCAGUUCAUCAUAGCGCGUCUUGUGGUAGGAUUCGGUAAUGCCGGAUUACUAGCAACAGUACCCGUCUGGCAGGCUGAAAUUGCAAAGGCAAUCAACAGAGGAUCCAGCGUCGUCACUACUGGUAUCUUCAUGGGCGUUGGUGUCUGUGUUGGCCUCUGGAUCGACUUUGGCUUGUACUUUGUCAAGGACAGUUCGGUGUCUUGGAGAUUCCCCCUUGCUUUCCAGCUCCUCUUUCUCAUUCCAUCCACGUCCGCCAUCAUGUUUUUGCCCGAGUCUCCACGUUGGUUAAUCAAGAGUGGCCACGAAAAGGAAGCAACCAACAUCCUCGCCAUUCUGCACGAGGAAGAAAUCCAUUCCGAAGUUAUUUGCAACGACGUUCGCGAUAUCCAGCAGUCUCUAUCCCUGUGCCAAAACCAGUCAUGGACGGCCAUGUUCACCAUGGGUGAGCAGCGCUUCUUCCAUCGCACUGUGCUUGGCUUCCUGGCUGGUAUGUUCCAGCAGCUCAACGGUAUCAAUGUCAGCUCCAUCUAUGCGACAACCAUUUUCGAACAGUAUUUGCACAUGGAUGCUACAAAGUCACGCAUUCUCGCUGCUUGCAUGUGUAUGAUGCAGAUCUUUGGUGGCUAUGUCACCUACUACACUAUUGACCGCUUGGGACGCCGACGCCUCAUGCUCAGCGGUUCGGUAGGCAUGGCAAUUUGCAUGGCACUUUUGGCGGGCACUACGUCCGUGACGGAUAACACAGGAGCCCUGGUAGUUGCUGUAAUUGCUCUCUACGGAUUCCAGUUCAUCUUUACAGUCGGCUGGGCCGGUAUUGUCUUCUUGUAUGCUGCCGAGGUGGCGCCUCUGCAGCUCAGAGCCGCUAUCAGUGCGCUCGCGACAACGGCCAUCUGGACUAUGGCCUUUUUGCUGGCUGAGAUUACGCCCAUUGGCUUCAACACGAUUGGCUACAACUACUGGACCAUCUUUGCGCUAAUCAAUGCAGUCGUAAUCUUCCCUGUGGUUUACUUUUUCUUUCCCGAAACAAGUGGCCGAAGCCUGGAGGAAAUUGACGAAAUCUUCCUUCAGUCCAAGAGCAUCUGGGAUCCCGUCAGGCUUGCCAAGAUUCUCCCCAAGAUGCAGACGACAGAAGGCACAAGCUCACCGCCUACCGAAGAAGAAAAGAAUAUCUCUAGUUAG